GUUUGUGAUAUUGAUUUGUGUAAUCUUAUCAAUAUUAUUGACUCAAUAGUAACAAUCAAUUAAAAAUAAACUAAAUAAAUCUUAAAAUAAGUGUUCAUUUAGUUGGAACAGGACGUACUGAUGACCAGUUAAAUAUUUCUGAAAAAAAUGAAGUUGUUAGUUUUAUUAUUUUUAAUUUCCAUUCUUAAAAAUUGGUGUGUAGUUAAUGCUCAUUUGGAUAUGGUCGUUCCUGACCAUAAAAAUGUUUUUGAUUUGAAUCUCUAUGAAUCUGUGUUAGAUCCUGAACUGUGUGAAGAACAACUAAAACAUAUGCUGGAAAAUGACCAAGAACUUUUAUUUGAAUUCUUCGAUGCCGGCAUCCGAACUCCAAGAGGAAUAUUGACCGGAGGCACUCUAGAUCUUGGCAACUAUCACCAAUGUUUGGGGAUACAUAAAGAAACACCAAAGUCAGUUGUUGAAGGAAAAUACUGUAUGAUAAACGUACCAUUGGACCAAGACUGGCCAAGUUUACCAUCAACGCCGUCCCUGCCAGAUAUUACAUGGCCUGAUAUCACAUGGCCUCCGCAGAACCAACGAUAUUUAAAAUGGAGAGAACACGUUGCAAAGAAGUCGAGUGAACUUCGUAUGGCAAUGGCAGGUUUUGAUACAUUCACUGGGACAACGAAUAACAGCAGCUCUCCUCUAGCAGCUCUUACAUUCCGUCUUGGAGUGUGUGUACCAAAAGCCUGUACACCGAGAACAGCAAUAAAUACUAUAUUUGGUGGCUUGCAAACAACACCGAUUGAGUUUGAGGAAUCAUACUGCCGUUUGCCAAAAGAUAAGCAUUGGGUGGCCGGUGAUUACGUUGCACUAGUAAUAUUUGGGAUUUUUAUUCUUCUUGUAGCCCUAAGCACAGCAUACGAUAUUCGAUAUAACGUCUUUCUUCAGAAAGAUCCGAAGAAAAUAAACAAGCUAUGUUUAGCUUUCUCAGCCUACACAAAUACUCGUCGGCUGGUCACAUACAAACCUGUUCCUGGAACCUUGGAAUGUCUGGACGGCAUCAGAUCAUUCGCCAUGAUGUGGGUCAUCAUUGGUCAUACCUUCGUUACUCAAACUCAGAGUCAAAUUAUGGGGAACCCUGCUGAUGCUUUAGCUUGGAUGACGUCACUACAAUCCAUUUGGAUAACAGCAGCUCCUAUAACUGUGGACACAUUCUUCACGCUAAGUGGUCUUCUACUCGUAUAUACUACUGCUGGAAAAUUGACUAGCUUAAAAUUACUCAAGAAUCUCCAUCUUUUCUACCUCAACCGUUUGCUUCGGAUGUUCCCUGUACUUGCUGCGGUGAUUCUGCUGCAAAUCUCAAUUUUAAACAGAGUUGCUGAUGGACCUUAUUGGAACGUUGAGAUGACGAAUACACAUAGAUGCCGUGUCUUCUGGUGGUCUACUUUGUUACACAUACAGAAUUAUGUCAACCCUAGUCACAUGUGCCUUUCACACUCCUGGUAUCUUGCCAUAGAUGUGCAGCUUCAUAUCCUUUCGCCGAUUGUACUAGUAUGGAUUCUAACAGGCAAAAGACGACUGGCUUGGUCAGCGCUCGUUGGCUCUUUGAUAGCAGUUCUUGCUGCUGCCACUACCUACAACUUCAUAAAGAAGUUCCCGUCAGGACCAGUUAUACCAUCACGCCCGCUAGAUACUCCAGAUUAUUUAAUUAACUACUAUGUGAACACAUUGACGAGAGCAUCGCCAUUCUUUGUGGGUCUUAUAUUUGGAUACAUUUUACAUCUAAAUCGAGGGAAGAAAAUCGUUAUAAACUUUUACGCCGCAGCAGUUAUGUGGAUAUGUACUACAGUAAUUGCCCUCCUCAUUGUGUACUCCUCAUACCCCAUUAUGCAGCUUGAUUGGGACAACCAAUUCGCUGACAGCAUGAUCAAUUCUUUCAUGAGACCUGCCUGGGCCAUGUUUAUCGGCUGGAUGAUAUUAGCUUGUGAACAUGGUUAUGGAGGUCCGGUAAACUGGAUACUAUCCCUUCGAGCAUGGAAGGUGUUAGGACGACUGUCCUACGCAAUGUAUCUCAUUCAUUACCCUCUUAUGUUCGUUGUUCUCGCGAUGCCUAUUGCACCAAUCUACUUCGAUGUUCAAUUCUCGCUAUACAACUUCUUUGCUGACUUCCUAUUGGCAGUAGUAGUGGCGUUUAUAGUCACUAUUAUUAUUGACUCACCGUGUUCUGUACUUAUCAAACAUUUCAUGGGAGGAGGACCGAAAAGACCACCUCAGAAAAUUGCUCCAGCUACAGAAACCGAAAUCGUUGAGAAAGAAUUGAAAACACAACUAUAGAUUGAUUAAUAAUAUUAAUUGAU